AUGGAAGCUCAACACCUUCAUGCCAAGCAUGGAGCUGAAGAAGAAUGGUCUACAGGCUUCUGUGAUUGCUUCUCUGACUGCAAAAACUGUUGUAUCACAUGCUGGUGUCCAUGUAUUACAUUUGGCCAAGUCGCUGAUAUUGUAGAUCGAGGAUCCACCAGUUGUGGUACGGCUGGUGCACUAUACGCUUUGAUAAGCGCUCUAACGGGUUGCGGAUGUAUCUAUUCGUGUUUCUAUCGUCAAAAGAUGAGAGCUCAAUACAAUCUUAGAGGUAGUGAUUGUGGAGAUUGCCUUAAACAUUUCUUCUGCGAGCUUUGUGCCUUGACCCAACAAUACCGCGAACUCAAGAACCGCGGUUUCGAUAUGACUCUCGGAUGGGCUGCGAAUGCGGAGAGGCAGCAGAACCAGGGUGUGGCGAUGGGUGCUCCAGUCUUCCAAGGCGGCAUGACCCGCUAA